AUGCGGCCAGACGCCGCGAUACGCGUGUCCGUAUUGCCACAAAAAGGACAAUUCGUCCUCGAACGUUUACAGACACAUCAGGCGGUGGCACCCGAAUCAUCCCGUGGCCACCAGAAUGCCGUCAGGAAGCGGCGCAAAGUGUACUCCGUGAACAAGAGUCACUACUGCCCACGCUGCAACCGCGGCUUCACUCUGAAGAAGAACAUGACGCGGCAUCUGCGCCACGAGUGCGGCAUGGCGCCCAAGUAUCAGUGCCCGUACUGCGACAAGCCCUCCAAAUUCACGCAGAACAUUUACGCGCAUAUCCGAAAGUACCAUCCCGGUCAGGCCUUGUGCUUCAGGCGGCUGUGCUGCCACGUUCUCCAAUAUGCGUUUCUGCCCCGAGCGGUUCGUCUGCAAGCGUUGCAACAGACAAUAUGUCUACAACAGGGACCUGACGAGGCAUCAGAUGUACUGCGGUCGUCACGCUUCAAGUGCUCGCAUUGCGACCAGCGGGCCAAAUAUCGCUCGACCAUUUACAAUCACCUGCGAUCGAUACUUCGCGAGAUACACGCGUCGGCGGUAGACCCCGGGUAUAAGGAAUUAACACGGACGACCACGUCGAAUCCGAAUAGCGCCGCAAAAGCGGCUUUCUACAAUCGCUCCUGCUACAUCGACCCCGCGUCCACCGUCACCACCGGCCACCGGCGCCGAUUCCGUACCAGAAUAGGUGCGAUGUCGGGCGGCACCUCGUCCCCCGGUACCUUCGAGUGCCCCAAGUGCCGCAAGAUCUACAAAUGGUACCGCGGACUGCACAGACACCUCGAGUACGAGUGCGGCAAGACCCCGCGCUUCAAGUGCCCGCACUGCGUUUACAUCGGCAAGCAUCGCUCGCACGUUUACUCGCACAUCAAGAGCAAUCAUUACAAUCGGCCCAUUUACGCCAUCGACCUUCAGAAAGACUGA